AUGUAUAUACAUAAGAAUCCAAAUUAAAAAUAAUUACAACCUCAUAUUCGAUGUUAAUCUUUAAAUAAAUCAUAAUCAUAAAGAAAUCCUCCUCAAAUAAUUCCUAUUUUGUUACACAAACAGUCAACGCUUGAAAAAUCAAUAAAUUAUGAUGAAAAUGAAAUAAAAAUAACUAAUAAAAAGUUAAAUAUUUUUGGUGAUGUAGUCCUUCCUUCAACUAAUUUUCCAAAAUAAAAAAAUCUAUCGCUAGCAGAAGAUUUAACUGAGAAGGUAUCAUCAUUAAGAAAACAAAUUAACUUAAAUAUCAUAAAAUAAAAGGUAAGAAGUCGAUUAAAAACUUAAAUUAAUGAUUUCGAAAAUUCAAUUAAAACUAGUUAAAGAUUAAUUACAGAUCCUGGAAUUGAAAAUUCUAAAACACCUUAUUAGUAAUUAUUAAUUGACAAAGAACAAGUAAUCUAAAAUGGGAUUAAAUAUCCCUAUAAAAUUUACAUUAUGAAUGAUUAAAGAAAAAGGUUUAUAUCUGAUCUGUUAAAAAGCACAAAUUUGUCUGAUGUUUAAGAUGCAUUUAAAUUGACUUAGACAAAUUAAGAUUUAGGACAAAGACUGAGAAACUAGAUUCGUUAUUCAUAAUAAGAGAAAACGAAAAAAGAAUUAAUCUCAAAGAAGUGUAUGAAUAAUGCACUCUAUUCCUUAUUAGCCUUGAAUAAACAUUCUUAAGAAACAGUAAAAAUGAAAUAUAGAUAAAAUCUUCCUUAAGAUUCAAGAUUCUAUAUAUCAUGA